AUGUCGGCCUUCCACAAGAACUUUGAAGCUGAAGAGCCAACUUCAAAGGACCCAUUCUGUCAGCUCGUCAGACAUCGUCAAAGAGGGACCGUACAAAGGCUGCAAACCUGCCGAAAGCCUGUUGGCAAAGAUUGCCAAGAGAGGCUGAGGGCACAUGUUGCACGCCUUCAAGCCCAAAGAGGUGAAGGAAUUGCCAGGAUUCUAGAGGUUUACGAAGAUGCCAGAUCAUUGGCCCUUGUGAUGGAGCACUGCAACGGUGGGACGCUGCAAGAUCGAAUCUUGCAGCGACACUUCUUUGCAGAGCAGGAAUCAGCAAUGCUUGUGAGACACAUGCUUGAGACUGUGCAAGCACUGCAGCAAGCUGGUCUCUACCAUGGACAUCUGUCACCAGACAGCUUUCGGUUUUACAGUGACCAAGCACAUUCUCCACUGAAGCUGGUGGAUUUUGGGCUGGAACUGAAGGCCUGUCUGUGUGAAUGGUCUCCAGACUCUGAUCAUCAUCAGCUUCUAGCUGCGAGCGAGGCAACUGCUCGGAACUUGCCGCGGAGCAGCAGCUCCAAUUUCUUUGAGGCCUGCAAGGUGGUCUUUUGCGCCCCGGAAGUCUUCAAACGCAUAAAGGUGGGAGUGAAUGGCGCGGUGCCCGGAUCCGACUCGGUCCCUUCCGGGCUUCGAGAUCUGACGUCAGGACCGAAGUCAAUGAACUCGGACCCAUUGGACCUCCAAGUGCUUUCCCAGGCAAUUGACAUGCACUUGGCACAAAGUGAGGACCUUCAUAUGGACUUUCUUGCUCAAGCUGAUGUUUGGAGUGUGGGUGCAAUAGCAUUCCUUCUUCUGUGCGGGUAUCCACCCUUCUUUGCACCAUGCCGCUCUGCAAUUAUCGCAAGAGUUGAGAAGAUUGACUUCUCAUUUGAUCCACCAUUUUGGUCCAAGAUUACUGAAGAAGCAAAGGACUUCGUUCAGAGGUGUCUACGUGGAAUGCCCAGCCAGCGUUUGAAUAUAGACGAGGCCUUGCAACACCCAUGGAUUCAAAAGUUGGCGGACACUUCGCCUUCCGGACCAAUGUUGCCAUCUUUUGCAAUGAACUUGCGCCGCUUUUACAGGACAAGUGCAGCUUUGAGCGGACAUGAGAUGACCUCCAUCAUUGAGGCAAAGACUUGUUGCAUUCGCAACCGACUUGAAUUGCCCCACAAUUCGGUUCGCUGUGAGGCACUGGUGGCAAACACUUUGGCUACAAAGUUGAGCUACAAAGGUGCCUCAGUGCAGAUAAGAUGCACUGUGGCUUUCUUACUUCAGCAGAGCUUCGGCAGGCAGGACCCUGGCUAUUUCAGACAGACAACCUUUGCUCGACUGACUCUACACCUGCGCCCAUUGUUUGCGAUUAUUUUAGUGAUCUGCUGCGCCUGGACAUCAGGCUUUUCGGCAACCACUUUUCCUGACAUGGGCUGGGGCGAGGGUUGCAUCCCUUCCAUGGGGGAUGCAGAAACGUCACAGAGUUGGACUGCAAUCCUGAACACCCUUCCUGACGUGAAGCAACAUGGACCGCGGCCGCCCAAGUGCGCACGCGCACCAAUGCAGCUGAAACCUCAGAAAGCCUCACAAGUGGUCAAGCGUAGUCUAUUCCGAGCACAACGAAGAGCAGAAGCCCUGGGCAUGACGUGGUACAAGGGCCAAUGUCUGACUCCAAAGGACUUUUUGAAGAUGGGCAUGGCACCCAUUCAACAGAAUGUCCCAGCUGCCCGAGUUCCGUUCACCUUGCCAGAACUGACUGAAGCGUUGUACAGAAUUCCGAGUGUGAAGGCUGCUGUUUUUGGUUUGCUGAUUCACCAUGCCUCCUUGCAGACGGCCCCAGAGUUUAGGAUUCCAGCAGAUGACAUUGCCUGGACUCUAGACUGGAGUCAUUUGCCUGCCAUCAUUGCCAAGAUUUCCAGUGCUCAGGCCACCCUGGCCUUGCAUCGCACCGAGACUGCACUCUCUGGCGAGGCGCUUCUUUUGGGCCCUGCCCCGUGCACUGGAGUUGAGAACAAAGUGGCCAUGGCAACCAGCCUGCGCCAGCCAAGGGUAGAUGUGUCAGUUCGAGGCACAGAGCUUUUGACUGAAGCAGAUUUGAGCCAAUUGCGUGCUAUGCCAUGGGGUCCGAGGGUGUUGGCCCUCAUUGCAGAUGACAAUUUAUCAGCCUUGGAACGUGACCAGGAGGCAUGCUCCUAUUUGUCCAAGCAUUGCUUCAUCUGUGGACAGCAUGCCCAUCGGAUCCAGGACUUGCACUUGCAUUUUCGAACUGCUCAUGCCCAAUACUGGACAAACGUAUCACAGAAAGCUCUGGUUUUAACAAACCUCCACAGCUCUGAGACACCAUGUCCACAUUGCGGCAGUGGAUUCAAGACACAUCAAUGCCCCGUGUGGGUUCAGAUGGCAGUAUUGAUAUUGCACGGUGGAGGACUUGCAGCGCCACCGGAGGAUCUGCAGGCAGCAGGUGUCACCUGUUCAACCCGGCUGCACAAGCAGAAACGGAACCGGUCACAGAGGCAGAUUGCAAUGAUGUACCACCGCAUUGGCCAAACGCCAUUCAUGCCGAUCCAACUCACGGAUGAUGUGAUUGCACAGCUUGUCCACCCCUCAAUGCCAAGACCAAUGAAAUUUCGUUUGGAACGGCUGUUUUCAGACAGAGCAUUUCGUGACAUGUGGACAGAUCAGGAAGUCUUGCAGUGGCUCAGCACGACGUGCAUCCUGUGCGGCCAAUCAUAUGCACCUGGCCUCUUGUGUCGACAUUUGCAUGAGGCGCACACCACAGGGCACCAGUUUGUUGACUUUUACAAUGAAUCCCUGUUGCCAACUUUUUUGAAAGCUCUGACAACUGAUUACAAGUGCGACUUGUGCAACCAGAUCUUCAACUUGCCACCUGCACCUGAUACCGGAGACUCGGCUAUGAAUGGAUUGGACGUCAGCGCACUGGGGCAAAUCAAGGAGACCUUCCAGUUCCUGCAGCCGAUGCUGGAUCAGACGCUGAGGCUGGCACCAAACCCGAAGACACCAAAACAACGUCGCACAGAGGGUCAGCAGCCAGGACGUCACGAUCCAGAUCCUGCAGAAACCAGCAACCCUCCAGACGUGCUACAAUGCCUUCGAGUGAUGGGGCAACUGAUCUUGCGUCACGAGCGCAGUCUGAACUUGCUGCAAAGUACAGACUCUUUCAUACUGUACUUCCAACAGGACAAGGCGGGCACGUUGCAGGGAUUGGUCAAGGAAACUCAGACAUGGCAGACGUUGAGACAACAGAAUCCCGAAGCCCCACAACGGCCAUUGCGACAGCACCUGUGCCUCUGGUUGCUGAAGGAGCUCCAGACCAGAGCCCUGAAGGUUUCAGAAUGCAAAGUGGGAGACCCCAUACAGCAAGCGUGCCUAGAGAAGAAGCUGAUUCUGGAAGACAUGAGCUGGCCCUUCCUUCGAUGGGAUCCCAGCCAGAAGGCCCUUGUGAUAGACCGGAAGAAGGCAGUCACAAUGCCGAAGAUGCUGCAGCACUUGGAGGAACUCAUAGAGGACUUCCAGGACUCAACGCUGGUGGUACGAUUUCAAGGGCUGCAGACGAGCAAUGCGCAAGCAGCAGUGCCAUGGAAACUGCAACUCAAUAUGAGGACGGAUCGCCCCUACGAGCUCCUGGCUGCCCUGACUCAUUCUUCGAUAUGGCUGCUGGCAGGGACAACACUGAAACUGCAUUCCACCAAGAACAGCCAUCUGGCGGACACCCUGCACCAGCUGAUGACAGCGACAAAGGGUCGUGGCAAGGGAGGGAAGUCUCAGGGCAAGCACAAAGGCUCCUGAACUCAGCUGACCUCCAAAACUUGCGCAGCUUGGCUACACGCUUGGCCCUUGACAAUGACAGCACCUGGUGCUAUGCCAACGCAACGGUGCACUGCUUAAUCUGGACCUUGCUCAGCUUGAGUGAUGCUGAAGAGAUCUCAUGGGGACAACAUUGCAAGUCUCUGCACAAAAUGCUUUUUGAUAGCCAAAACCAUACUGUCAAGCUUGUUGAGUUGGAAUGGUUUCAGCAGUUACUUGCGUUUUGGGGAAGAUCAC